AUGGAGGAGGGACGCUCUCGCGGUCACUUACGAGGCGGCGGAUGGAGCAGUUCUGACCACAGCCUCGAGAAGGAGUACCUGAUGGAAGACCUCCCACAGCCCGUGAAGAAGCGCAAGAAACUAUGGAUUUGCCUCGGCGUUUCGCUAGUUCUUCUCAUCAUCAUCAUUGUGGUGGCAGUGGUAGUCAGCAAGAACAACUCGAACAAAAGCAGCUCACCGACAACCACUCUCGACGACAGCAACAAGGACAGCGUACCGAUGAAGUGGCGCGGCACAUACCUCGACCCGUGGUCCUGGGAGGACACGACCGAUUUCAACGUUACUUUCACCGACGAAAUGGUUGGCGACCUACCCGUCAUGGGCCUGUACACCGACUGGGACGACUCGAAGCGCGCCAACGACAAAGUGCCGGCCCUCAAGGACUCCUGGGGGUCUUACGGAUCGCGGCCGGCCCGCGGGGUCAACGUCGGUGGGUGGCUAAACCUGGAGCCCUUCAUCACUCCGUCGCUCUUCGACUACGACUCUCGGCUGGGUAUCAUUGACGAGUACACGCUCUGCAAGCACCUCGGCACCAAGCAGACGGCGGAGGUUCUCGAGAAGCACUACGCAACGUUCGUGACGGAAUCGACGUUCAAAGAAAUCGCCGACGCCGGCCUCGAUCACGUCCGCAUCCCCUUCAACUACUGGGCCGUUGAGGUCUACGACGGCGACCCGUACCUCUUCCGCACCUCCUGGCGCUACCUCCUUCGCGGCAUCGAGUGGGCUCGCAAGUACGGCCUCCGAGUCAACCUCGACGUCCACGGUCUGCCCGGCAGCCAGAACGGAUGGAACCACUCGGGCCGCCAGGGCGUGAUCGGCUGGCUCAACGGCACCGACGGCGCGACGAACGCGCAGCGCAGUCUCGACAUGCAUGACCGGCUCUCCAAGUUCUUCGCGCAGGAUCGGUACAAGAACAUCAUCGCCUUCUACGGGCUGGCCAACGAGCCGCGCAACGUGGACCUGAACAACGCGGACGUGGUGUCGUGGACGGAGCAGGCGUACAAGCUGGUCAAGGGCAACGGCAUCGGUGGCAUUGUGGUGUUCGGCGACGGCUUUAUGGGCCUGGCCAACUGGCAGGGCAAGUUGACGGGGCACAGCGACCUGGCGCUCGACGUGCACCAAUACGUCAUUUUCAACACGGACCAGAUCGUUUAUACGCACAAGAAGAAGGUCGAGUACGCGUGCAGCGGGUGGACGGAGCAGACGGAGCAGUCGAUGGACACGUCGACGGGGUACGGGCCGACGCUCUUCGCCGAGUGGUCGCAGGCCGACACGGACUGCGCCAAGCACCUCACCAACGUCGGCUGGGGCAACCGGUGGACGGGCACGUACGACACGGGCAACACGACGACGUCAAUCCUCGAGCCGCGGUGCCCGACGGAGGACACGAAGUGCAGCUGCGACGCCGCCAACGCCGACGCCAGCACGUUCAGCAGCGACUACAAGCAAUUCCUGCAAAUGUUUGCCGAGGCGCAGAUGUACUCGUUCGAGAAGGGGUGGGGGUGGUGGUACUGGACCUGGGACACGGAGAGCGCGCCGUUGUGGAGCUACAAGAAGGGCCUCGCGGCCGGAAUCCUGCCGGCCAAGGCGUAUGAGCGGGACUUCAACUGUUCCGGAACCGUGCCGGAUUUUGGCGACCUGCCAGAGUAUUAUCGGAUGUGA